CAGCUUGGUCGGAGAAGGUCAACUUCUCAGACUUCACCACCAAAAAUGGCUAUCGAAAUAGCCACCGAUGGCGAUGUCACUUCGAAUGGCCAAGCUACUGGCACGACUGGCGCAUCCGAAGGGAUAACAGUUCCUUCUGCGGAACAAACGACUUUAGAAAACCACGAAGAUGACGAAGACGAAGAGGACGGUGUCGAAGAGGCCACUGCCGGUAAUUCGGGAGAAAAGAAGAAGAAAAAGAAGAAGAAACCCAAGAAAAAGAAAACAAAUGGAGCUUGUGCACAACAAAGCUCUCCACCUCGAAUCCCAUUAUCGAAAAUUUACCCGCAUGGUAAUUACCCCGUGGGUGAAACUUCAGCUUAUCUAGGCGAUAAUUCUUACCGAACUACUUCAGAAGAGAAAAGACAUUUAGAACUCUUAGCAGCUCAAGAAGACCCAGAAUCACCAGAUAAUUAUAAUAGUAUCAGACGUGCGGCCGAAGCACACCGACAAGUUCGCAAAUAUGCUCGUGAAAAUAUAAAACCUGGUAUGGGUAUGACUGAAAUUGCUGAAAUGAUUGAAAACGGAACUCGGGCUCUCAUUGAGGAAGAUGGACAGAAAAGAGGAAUAGGUUUUCCUACUGGGCUCAGUCUUAAUCAUUGUGCUGCUCAUUAUACACCCAACGCAGGUGACAACAUUGUCUUGAAAGCAGAUGAUGUCCUAAAGGUGGACUUUGGCAUCCAAGUCGGUGGUCGGAUCGUGGAUUCAGCUUUUACUAUGACGUUCAAUGACAAAUACGAUAAGCUAUUGGAAGCCGUGAAAGCCGCUACUGAUACAGGUGUUCGAGAAGCAGGCAUUGACGCCAGGCUCCAAGACAUCGGUGCCAAGAUACAAGAGGUGAUGGAAUCUUACGAAGUGGAAGUAGAUGGCAAGGUGCAUCAAGUCAAGUCAAUCAAAAAUUUAACUGGUCAUAACAUCCUUCCUUACCACAUACAUGGUGGUAAGUCUGUACCCAUCGUUGCUGACUCUGACGAGGAUGGAGUCAUGGAAGAGGGGGAUCAUUUUGCUGUUGAGACCUUUGGAAGUACGGGACGAGGUUAUGUGAGAGAUGAUGGGGAAUGCUCACAUUACGCCAAGAUGCCCGAUGUCAUCAAGCCAAUCCCAUGGAAUCGCUCCAAGGCUUUGUUAAAUACUAUCAAUAAACAAUUCGGCACCCUCCCUUUUUGUAAGAGGUACCUGGACCGUAUAGGAGAGACCCGAUAUUAUCCAGCGCUUGACAAGCUGGUCGAUCUAGGUAUUGUCCAGGAUUACCCGCCAUUGAGCGACGUGCCAGGGUGUAUGACAGCGCAGUUUGAGCACACCAUCAUAAUGAGGCCCACGUGUAAGGAGGUUGUUAGUAGAGGGGACGACUAUUGACCAUUCCACAUUCCUGAGUUUUUCUCGAGACGGGCGCAGUUCCCAAUGUUGUAGUAUAACAAUGUCCAAUUUCAUCUUUAUCACAUUUCAGACGC